CUGUCAUUAUCAAAACUAUAAACAGAGUCUUCCAUAACAGUUUGUAUUUGGACAACGCAUUGGUUGAGUAUUUUAAUUCAAAAACAUAAUUUAUGUAGGUUAUACGUUCAGUUGCUGUUUCUGUUACUUCUGUCAAUAACAAAGGUUUGUAUGGGGAUGCAUUCAGUAUUUUAAUUAUUAACUUGCAUGAUCAAAUUCAAAGCUUCCCAGCUUUUUCUCUAAAAAGGUAGUAAUGCCAUUAUUUCAUUAAUAUCUACAUCAUCACACGUACUUCAAGGUUAUCAGGUCUUUAUUCCAGGACAUGAAUGAGUGGACAGAAGGGAAUCGGUCUCACUGUAUAAAGUGAUAAAUCGGCCGAAUGCAGACUGUAGCCUGUAUCUACUGUACACACAGCGUGAAACAUCAAUGCAGCUGCUUCCAUUAGUGUGUGGUAACAGUUUUCGAUAGAUUUAGGCUCGAGGGAUCGCUCGCAUCUGACGUUUUUAUUCAUCUUUCCCCAAAGAAUUGUCUGGAUCCUCUAACAAACAAUUAUCAGAUCCCACGCGCUCCUCGCUGUGUUCUCCUGCGGGACGAACUCUCCGUUCCGCUCAUUGUUUUUGUCACAACAAGAGCGUGAAAUCCGCGCCUCGGAACGGAACGGAACGGAACGGAUGUCACUCCACUGACCUACAUAACGGCGGCGAUCGGAUGGAAAGGUCGACGCCGGAGCGCUGUCGGGAUUGAGGGGUUCGAUCCGGAGCGCAGCUGGAUGUGUUCGGUAAUGUGAGCGGCGCGCACGGUGAUGGACGCGGUUCUGCUGCUGCUGUCCUGUGACCGAUCGAUAAUGUAGCAUCACAUCAGGCGGGAGAGCGGACUUCAUCCACCCGCUUCGGUCUGAGCCGCGUUUCUAGUGGCUGAAGCGUCGCGUCUCGCAGGAACUAAACGGAGAAAUUCACGAGACGUCGGAGAUUCCCGAGCCGUUCUGCGCGCUGCGGACUGAACGGAAAACGGCAAUCGCGUCGUCGAGCUCCGGAGCUGCUACGACAGAAUUAUUGAGCCCGGAGACGCUGCGGAUACAGAAGCCAAAACCAUGACCGGAGACAAAACAUGCGCCCGCUCUUCGCUCUUCGUGUCCGCGGGGCCGCGAGCGUCGACAGGCCGCUGAGCGUCACAAGCGUGAGGCGGACGGGAGAGACGGCUGCGGACGGCUCCUUUCAGCGCAGAAUCGUCAGAGUUCACCUGCAGCCAUCAUGCUGUCCAUCAUAGCGGCCGGCUCCGUGUUCUUCCCGGGCCUUUUCCUCCUGUCCAAGCAGUGUCUCAAAUCCAUCCCGGGCCUGCGGUGGAGCGAGGGCGAUGCCGUCGUUGUCUCAGCCAGGUUGGUGUCAUCCAUCCAGGCGAUUAUGGCGUCUACGGCGGGUUACGUCAUCUCCACUUCCUGUCAGGACAUCAUUGAGGACCAGCAUUGGCUGACCAGCUCCUACAUCCUGUUCGCCGUGCCGUAUUUCGUGUACGACAUCUACGCCAUGUUCCUGUGCUACUGGUACAAGCUGCAGGUCAAAGGUCACGAGGUGGACAACGGCUCCAGAUCCAAGGCCGCGGCGGUGAGCGGAUACCUGCGCCGGGAGUUCCUCAUGAUCCUGCAUCACGUCGUCAUGGUCACCGUCUGCUUCCCCGUCUCCGUGUUCUGGAGGCAGGGGAAGGGCGAUUACUUCCAGGGUGUCAUGUUCCUGGCUGAACUCAGCACGCCGUCCGUCUGUCUGGGCAAAAUCCUCAUCCAGUACAAGCAGCAGCACACUCUUCUUCACAAAGUGAACGGCGCUGCCAUGCUGAUCACUUUCUUCCUCUGUCGAGUGCUUCUCUUCCCCUAUCUCUACUACAUGUACGGAAGGUACGCUUCCAUUCCCUUCUACCGGGUUCCGUUCGCGGUGCCGUGGCAGUGUAAUGUGGGAGCGGCUCUGCUCAUGGCCCCGCAGCUCUACUGGUUCUCCCUGAUCUGCAGGGGGGCCCUGCGCCUGUUCACCGGCAGCUCCUCGCGGUCCCGCAGACCCGCGGCUCCGGGCAAACCCGAUUACGACGGACACGAGCCGCUGCCUCAGGCGGCCAACGGAUACAGCGCGCGGAUGGCGGGUCGGGACACGCCCACGAUCUCGCACUGAGGGGAGGAGCUUACGCUAACGAAGAAGAAAAGGGGAUUGGACGAACGCGGCGAUGAAGCGGCAGAGGGAGGGCAGGUUGCGGAGGAAACACCCGGAGUGAAUAAAGAGGUCCUGAAAUAGACUAGACGCCCUGUAACGCACCACAGCACAGCAUUACGUUCAGUUACGGGGCUCGUGUACUGUACAUAAGACAUGCUUUAGUAGAUCGAGGGAAGCAGAUGUGCCGGAAGAAUCGGUGGAAGCGUCUACACGACGGCCGGACGUUUGUCGCGUCGCAACUGAGGCAAUAAGUGCAAAUUUUACGUGAGAGAAAAUUUCUGAAGCAAGACAAGCACUUUCUGUUUGAGGCACUUUGAAGGGUCACAGAAUGUCCGACUGGGGCCGAGGUCUCGCCCGAGCUCUGUUCUUUGCAUAUAUUACUGUAGUGUUGCAGAUGCAUCGUUCAUAGAAAAGCCCUCGAUUAUUAUAUUUAGCACUGAGCUACAAUGAUCAGCCCAGCGCGUCAGGAACGACCGAGCUUUACUACUGUCUCCGCUGAAACGCCUCUCGCUCUGUUUAAAAGGACAGUUCACCCAAAAUGAAACCCUCGUGUCGUUUAGAUGCUGUUUUAUUUUCAUUUGAUUUGUGAAACACAAGUUUGAGAUGUUAGGCAGAAUGUCUGAGCUGCUCUUUUCCACACUCCAUAAGAGGAGCAUGUACACUACUGUUUAAAAGUUUGAGCUUUUUUUUAACACUUUUAUUAAUUAGGAAUGUGUUAAACUGAUCAAAAGUGACAGCAAAGAGAUUUAUAAUGUUACAAAAGAUUUCUAUUUCAAAAUAAAUGCAUUGAACUUUCUAAAAAAAAGUGUAUUUGCUACCACAAAAACAUUGCUAAUAAUCAUAAAUGUCUGUUGAGCAGCAAAUCAGCAUAUUAGAAUGAUUUGUGAAGGAUCAUGUGACACUGAAGACUGGAGUAAUGAUGCUGAAAAUUCAGCUGCGCAUCACAGAAAUCAAUUACAGUUUAACAGAUAUUCACAUGGAAAACAGCUGUUUGGAAUUAUAAUAAUAUUUCUCAGUUUUCCUGAUUUUGCUGUAUUUUUGAUCAAAUAAAUGCAGCCUUGCUGAGCAGAAGAGACUUGUUUCAAAAAACAUCUCAGUAACCUCAGACUUUGAAAUGGUAGUGUUUUAAGGCCGAUACGAUGAGUCCACACACAGCGAGACUGGAAUACAGCGCAUUAAUCACUGUCCAUCUGGAUGGAAAACAGAAGCUCGGACAUUUGACCUAAUAUCUACUUUCCACAGAAGAAAGAAACCAAUAUGAUGUUGAUUCAUUGUCAUUUUUGGUGAACUGUUCCUCUACCAGAGCCGAUCAAACGAAAGACAAACCCGUCAAAUGUAAAGCUCAGGGUUUGGGAAUGUAUUGUUCUGUUCACGCUCGGAAAACAAGCGUCACCGAACGGACGGUAGCUACCGUGAAUGUGCUCCGAUUCGACCUGUGAUCCGCCGUACAUGCGGUUUUACCACGAAAAUUGUUUAACAUUUGUAGUUAGCUUUACAAUACCCCGAAUAUAACCUCUCUAAACAAACCCUGCGUAUGUUUUAAAGGGACAUGAUCAAAUAUAUAUAUAAGCUGCCUUAUCCCUGUGGAAACUCUUAUUCUUCAUCUUUUACUCGUUAGUUUUGGCCAGAGGAGCGUUUCCUCCGUUUCAACAAAUGUGAUAAUUUACAUAGUCAAUGUGAAAUUUAUUUGCACUUUAUUCAUUUGGUUGUCACUGAAGCCAUUGUGUUUGUCGUCUCACAGUUCCUAACUAUUAUUUAUUGUGGUUUGUUGGAAGAUAUUUAUGGUUUUUAAUUGUUUUUAGCCUGUCUGUCUCAGAUUUUGGUUCGUUAAUGGGUCACUCAAACGAUCUAAUCUCUGUCUAGUCAUAAAUCGAGGAUUCAUUUACAGAUGAAUUUUAUUUAAUAACACCGCUUCCGAGUGCUUGCGAGUUCAACCGUUUCACUUAUCGAACAGGAAUGAAUAACAUUGCAAAGUAUCCGCCAUCGAGGCCUGUUUUCGAAGCUUACUUAAUCUUAAAAAGACUGUAUGCUGAUCUGAAAUUUAUAUAACGAAAAAACAGGGGCGGAAUGUCCAUUGCGCUGAAUUGGGUUUAUGACUUUGCAUGUGUAUAUUCCAUCCUCGUCCCUUGUGAACCCUCUAUCUAUAACGUGCUCCGAUAUCGAGCGUAAAUCCAAACUAUUUAACCCUAGUGAACUGCAACGACUGCUUUUGAUGCUUUUCUUUCGGACGGCAUUUAUGAUUUAGUUGGUUCGACUUCUGUUGUCUUGUUUUUGUUCCAUAUGUAAACCUGUUGAACCUGUUCCCUGUUAACAUGAGUACAAAUGAAAGCACUGUUGUAAUUCAGUCUCAUUGCAGAAAUAUAUACUCUUGUCUCAUAUGCUGCAUGUCAUAAUGUCGCUUCUCCUGGUCCGUUUGUGAGCGAGUCGCGCGGUUUAAUCGCGAGCAUUAGUGUCGGCGUCUGCCGCCGUGACCUCUGCGGAGACUGCCGGAAUUAACACCAGCUUUAAUGGAGUCCAAAAAGACAGAUCAGGAUUUUGACAUCAAAUGUCCUCUUGAUUCCUCUUAAUUUGAGAGCCUGCAGCAGACGGACGGUGCUUUGAGUCCAGACAGCGCAAUUCAGGCUAACAGGCCACAGAAUGAAUCGCGCUAAUACCGCUACUCGUUUCUCCCGUCACAGAAAACAAAGUCUGGGAGAUUUCCGUGUUUCAGCAGCGCAUGCGAUUGUCUCUAAUUACUAGAUAAGGAUUGUUGAAAGGCACUCAAAUUCAUAGCAAUUUGCUCAUGAAUCAUUCAGAUCCAGUUUGCUCACAAAUCAGGCAUCACUACGACUCGUCAGCAGGUUUAUGUGGAAGAUUGUUUCCGCCAUGGGAUAAAAACACCAUAAAGACUAUAUUAUCUCACACGUCACUUUGACCCUUCGCAAAGAACCGCCCCCCUUAGUUACUGUCGCUAUGUCCGACAAGCCACGGCGCUGUCGCGCCACACGUCGUGUUCUCAUGCAAAGAGGAAACUGACAACACACCGACAGACAAGACAGAGCAGAGGACACUUCUGGUAUGAAACAAACUCUCAGCUUUCAUAUGUUAGCAUUUUUGGAAAGAAACUCAAACAAUAAAUACUGUUCCCUUAAGGCUGGAAUACACCACACGACUUUUAAAAUCUGAACAGAUGUUUAAAACGCCACACUGUAAAAAAACAGUUGUUUCAACUUAAAAAGUAAGUGUUUGCGCUGCCUUAAAAUUUUAAGUUUAGUCAACAUGAAAUGUUAAGUUGUACUACGUGAAAACAUGGAUAUUUAAGUUGAGUUAACUUUUUUAAGGCAGCACAAACACUUACUUUUUAAGUUGAAACAACUGUUUUUUUAAGUGUAGGCAUCAUAUACUUUAAGACCCAUAUCCACUGCGUGGCGUGGCUCGUUACGGUUCGGCUCAGUUUGUGUUUCCACUGCAGGUUAGUAUCGCUUUAGACUGGGCAGGAUUAUACACAUCACCAAAUCAAACUCUCCCUGGAUCUGCUCUUCGGCUGUCAAUGAGAGACACGUCUGUACUUUCUCAACAGACCAUGAAACAGCCAUUUUUAGUUGUUAAGGGAAAAAAGGUGUGCUCAAUCAAAACAGCUGUGUUUGUUCAAACAAAAGUUAGGGUUCGAUCGUUCACUGGCUGUGCUGAUUUAAAUCUAGCGGGUCUGGUGUCGCAAGUUCAAAGUGUGAUUCUCUCCAGCCAAUCAGUGAUCGUCACAUUUUGGUAACGGUACGGCUCGCUUGGAGCCUCAGUUGAGGUUGUACUGAAAAAAGUAGCAGGUACUGCACACAGUGGAAAACCCCCCAAAUGUGAGCCGUACCAAACCGAACCAUGCAGUGGAAAAGCACCAUUUUCAAUUUUGUAAAUAGUGACAAAGGAAAACUGUCUAUCAUACACUACCAGACUUUAAAGUUGUUCCAAUCACAACAAACUCUUGCAGAAACGUGUGCCUUGUUGCUACGAGAGGCGUGACAAAUAAAAAAAUUUUUUUUUUUGCGUUUUAAAAUUGGCUGAAAAAAUCAAAAUGAUUGAUAAACCCCGACUGGAUGGAAAAAAUCGGAGACUGUGACCAUCAAACACGAUAUUCUAUGGAAUCUGUCAACUCAAACCUGCAGAUUGGCUCUGACUUUCAGCAACUAGCGUCAACUUCUCCAAGUCGGUGGAAAAUUGGGGCAAAAAUUGUACAGGGUAUUCCAAGCUUUAAUGUGUCAGUCUCUCUCAACAUUCGUAUGGGGAAACCCUUUCCCCCGAGAUCCUAAAGCCUGAUGGAAUCACUCUGUUGAUCUGCAGUAGCCAAUAGUGUUCAUGUAUUCACCUGAUUGGUGGGCUCAGCUGCUGUAUAGGUGAUGUUGAGCACCAAUUUUCCUCAGAAUCUCCUUCACUUAGUGAUAAUGUUUUCAAGAAGCCUCAUCAUUCUUCAGUGCAGGGUUCCCACAGGUCCUGGAAAUUUGAAGGCCCUGGAAAGUUUUUGAAAAUAAGCAUACAUAGAUACAGGUCCUUGAAAGUGCUUGAAUUUAUUUUGUUUUCUGUAAAAAAAAGCUUACUUGAUAGUGGUUAGUCAUUAGCUAUGUGCAUUUACGCAUUUCAUUAACUUAACGUUACAUGAGCCUAAACUCUUCUCAAUAAAAUCCAUGGAAAAGUUCA